AUGCGACUCACGCUCUCGACAGCCACGCCGGAUGAUGUAGAACAGAUAGCGGAUCUUCAUCUCAAGUCUUUUGACUCGAAUUCCCUCCUGCAUGUGCAGUUUCCGACGCCUGAGGCGUUGGAGAGUUUGAGGGGGGUGUUGAGGAGGGAGAUGUUGGAUAUUGUUAUGGCGAAACAGCAAGGGAAAACGAUUUUGGUGGUCAGAGAUCCUGAUGCCAACAACCAAAUCAUCAGUUUCGCAAAAUGGGACGUACCAUCGAUUAGUAGCGGAGAUGAGAAGGAGGAGGUUGUGGGCGGUGAAAGGGUGAAAAGAGGGAGAAAUGAUGAUGAGGUUGGGUGGCAUGAGGAUGUUGAGAGGGAGUUUCUGGUGGGGUAUCAUGAGAGGGCUGAGGAGGCGAUGAGGAGGGUUUUGGGGGAGGAGGGGGGAAGGUGUUAUAGAUUAACCUUUGUGGGAACGCAUCCUGAUUUUCAGAGACGAGGAGCCGCAACUAUAUUACUUGAAUGGGGUCUUUCCAGAGCGGAAAAGGAGAAUGUUCCAGUUUAUCUCGAAAGUACACUUUCAGCAGCAUCGAUAUAUCGAAGACAUGGAUUCAUCGUGGUAGACGGACUUGCUCUCCCUCUACCCACGAAAGAAAACUCAACCACGCCUGAAUUCUACCAAGAACUCUGUAUGCUGCGUACAUGGGACGCUGUUGAAGAUGAACUCGGACUAGGCCACUGGGAUUCCAGUCUCAACAUGACAAGCCUAGCUCUAGACUACGAAGCCGGUAUCCGACCACAGCAAGUAAUCGAAGCCAUCUACGAAAGAAUAGACGCAUACACCCAAAUCCAGCCCUCAGUAUGGAUUCAUCUCCAACCCAUCGGCGCCGUCCUAGCAGCAGCCCAUGCACUCCAAAUCCGCUGGCCAGAUCCCGAGUCUCGCCCUCCAUUAUGGGGCGUCCCAUUCAGCGUCAAAGAUUCAAUAGAUAUAGCCGGUCUACCAACCACUGUGGGCUGUCCAGCUCUCGCCUAUAACCCAGAAGUAUCGGCGCCAGUAUAUCAACACUGCAUCGACGCCGGUGCGCUCUUCAUAGGCAAGACGAAUAUGGAACAACUCGCCACAGGGAUGACAGGCUGUCGAAGUCCGUACGGGACUUUGCAUUCUACAUUCAGCGAUGCCCAUAUUGUAAGCGGAUCGAGCAGCGGGAGUGCAGUGAGUGUAAGCGCACAACUUGUUUCCUUCUCACUCGGCAGCGACACUGCAGGUUCGAUUCGAAUCCCAGCACUAUAUAACGGCGUGGUGGGCUUUAAACCUACGAAAGGCACGAUCUCAGCACGGGGUGUUUAUCCAGCUUGCCGGCAUCAAGAUUGUGUUGCUUUUCUCGCUUCUACGGUUGAAGAUGCGGAGAGAGUGUGGAAUGUCUGCAAGAAGUACGACAGGCAUGAUCAUUUCUCCAAACCACCUACUCUCGGAUCUACACCAUCCUCAGCACGUAAAUGCCGCAUCGGCAUUCCCCCAGAUGAAAUCCUGAAAACUUGCAGUCCUGUAUACCAGAAAACGUUCAGACGCCUCAUCCAAUCCCUCCCUUACCCUACAUUCACCCUAGAUUGGACGCCCUUCGCGCAGGCAAACGAACUGCUCUACAACGGCACUUUCGUCCUCGAACGCCUCACCAUCUUCCCCGACGGCUGGUUCGAAUCUAACAAACACCACUUACAUCCCGUAACACGGCAAGUCUUCGAAGAAGCGGCGGCGAGAAAGAGUUCUGCUGUUGAUGUUUUUCGGGAUUUGCAUACACAGGCUCAGUUGAAGAGGGAGGUUGAGGAUGCUUUGAGUCUUGAUCGAGAUACGGGGACGUUGAGUGUUAUGAUCGUGCCUACUGCGCCAUAUCAUCCCACGAUUAAACAAGUAGAAGCAGAUCCUCUUGGCGUUAAUCACCAGUUGGGAGCUUUUGCUAUGUUUGGGAAUGUGCUUGAUUUGUGUGGUGUUGCUGUGCCUUGCGGUACCUAUAGAACUGGGGGUAGGGAGAGUAAGAAACUUGAGGGCAAUGAGAGUAGAGAGGAAGUGUUUGAAAGUAGAGAGAGAGAUUGUGGGAAGACCGAGUUGCCUUUUGGUGUUACGGUACUGGCGGGGAGUGGGUUUGAUAGGGAGUUGUUGGAGCUGGUUAGGGGAUUGGAGGAGGUGUUCAUGGAUUUGGAAGAUGAGUAG